AUGGACAUGGAAAUGGAGCUGCAGGAUUUCCAUCAUCCGUUUACUCCGUACAAGAUCCAGCUGCAAUUUAUGCAGGCCUUGUACGGAUGUCUGGAAGAUGGGAAAGUCGCCGUCUUCGAGUCCCCCACUGCGGGCCCGGAACUCCAGGGUAAAUCGUUGAGUCUGAUCUGUGGCUCCUUGACAUGGCUUCGAGAUCACAAGCGCCAGGCCUUUCAAGAAACAUUGGACCAGGCCGCAUGUAUGUACUCCAAGCUCCAAGCUCCAUGCUCCGAUCUGAGAUUAAGUCCUACCCCCCCUAUUGCGUCAUGUCUCACAUUGGGUUUAGGUGACGAUGAUGAGCCGGAGUGGAUGAUCGAAUUUGCCAAGCGUGAUUCCCGUCGAACCAUUGCAGAGAAGCGACAGCAAUUUGAAUCACGGCUAGCAAAGAUCAAACAGGACGAGGAGCGCUUAAAACAGGCCCAAGAUGGCCAAGAGCGGCCCCGUAAGAAACAGCGACUUGAAGAGCCAGCAGCAAAGUCAAAGUCAGCUCCCAACGAUGAUGAACAAUUCGUUCUGGACGACUAUGACAGUGAAACCGAUGAGAGGCAAAAGACAAGCCAGUCUGCCGGAGUUGACGGUCUCUCCGCCAGCACUCUCGCUCUAUUAGAGAAGUACAAGGGACAAUUUACAUCGAAAAAGCCCGAACAAGAUGAUGAAGAUGACUCAGUCAAGAUCUUCUACUGCUCAAGGACACAUUCUCAGCUCAGUCAAUUUGCAGGAGAGCUACGUCGUGUCGCUUUCCCAUCCAGCAUCCCCGGCGAUCCCGAAUCCGAGGGCAAAGAUGAUCUCUCGAAGUUAGAGGAACGCGUCAAACACCUAUCCCUAGGGUCGCGAAAGAAUCUUUGCAUCAACCCUAAGGUUCAAGCGUUGGGGAAUAGCACGGCAAUUAAUGAGCGAUGCCUCGAUCUCCAACAGCCAGGUGUUGCUGCCGAAAAGAAGUGCUCUUUUCUCCCUUCAAAGGACGAUGAAGCACUCAUGCUUGAAUUUCGUGAUCAUGCCUUGGCAACAGUCAAGGACAUUGAAGACAUUGGCAAAGUUGGACAACAAGUCGGGAUCUGUCCCUAUUACGCAUCCCGCUCAGUCAUCAAGCAUAGCGAGAUCGUGACACUGCCAUAUCCUUUACUUCUCCAGCGCUCAGCUCGCGAGGCUCUCAAUUUAUCCGUCAAGGGCCAUGUAGUGAUCAUCGACGAAGCCCAUAACCUAAUGGACGCAAUCGCCGGUAUUCACUCCGUGUCAGUCUCACUAUCGCAGCUAGAAACCGCCAUGUCACAAUUGACGACAUACGCGCGCAAAUUCAAAACUCGGCUCAAGGGUAAAAAUCGCAGCUAUCUUGCUCAGGUUAUUCGGCUUGUCAGCUCUAUUGCCGGCCAUCUUCGCGGCAUCGCUCAGCAAAAGGGAGGAGCGCCAGAAGGAUCGGUGCGAUUUUCUGAUCUGAUGGCUGGUAAGGGGGUUGAUCAGAUAAACCCCUACAAGCUCUCCCGGUAUCUUCAGGAAAGCAAAUUGGCGAGGAAGGUUGAUGGGUAUGUCGAGUCUGAGUCUUCCCAAGAGGCUCAAGGCCAAGGCCAAGUUAGUCGGACAAGAGAUCGGACAACGGUGCCGGUUCUUUUCCAUAUUCAAAGUUUUCUUUUGCCUUUGAUGAACCCGUCAGAAGAAGGCAGGCUAUUUUACCAAAAGGAUCAGGAUGGCGUACUGUUGAAAUACAUGCUUCUUGACCCGACCAAUCAUUUCCGUGAAAUUGUUGAGGAUGCUCGGGCUGUCAUUUUGGCCGGUGGCACGAUGUCUCCUAUGACGGACUACAUGAAUCAUUUGUUUUCAUAUGUAUCACCCGAGCGAUUGGAUACAUUCAGUUAUGGCCAUGUAAUUCCAUCGACAAAUUUGGUUGCACAGUCAUUAACGAAAGGGCUGCUGGGCUCGGAGUUCGACUUUACUUACGAGGCUCGAGGGUCGGAGAAAAUGAUUACCGAUCUCGGACGAACGAUAGCCACUUUGUGUCAAGUUAUUCCAGAUGGCGUUGUCGCCUUCUUCCCCAGCUACGACUACCUGAGCCAAGUGGUGAAUGUCUGGAAGAAACCCAUUCCGAACGGAAACGGCCAAACCACCUUCGGUCUGAUUGAGAAGAAGAAGAAGAUCAUGUACGAGUCCCGCGAAGCAGUUACUACUACCGAUACGUUGCUUCAACAGUAUACCGAAGCCAUUGAAUCUGGAUCGGGAGCAUUGCUCUUGUCCGUGGUUGGAGGAAAAUUGUCAGAAGGAAUCAACUUCUCGGAUAAAUUGGGAAGAGGUGUCUUUAUCAUUGGACUACCUUUUCCCAAUAUCCGCAGCGCUGUUUGGCAGGCUAAAAUCAAGUACAUCGAAGAGAAGACCUACAAGCAGCACUCGGGAUCAGAGUUGGAGAAAAAGGCCCGGGCUAGCGCAGCAGGAAAGGAUUUCUACGAAAACGCUUGUAUGCGCGCUGUCAAUCAAUGUAUCGGGCGAGCUAUUCGACAUGUCAAUGACUAUGCGGCAAUCGUGAUGAUUGAUCGGCGCUAUGAAACGCCGCGCAUUCAAGGUAAGCUACCUGGAUGGAUUCGAGGCAGUCUUGUUUCGGCAGCGACAGCUCGGCCAGCUCAGAUGACUGUCCAGCGACUUUCCAAGUUCUUUGCGGAGAAAGCAUAG